AAUAUCGACAAGAUUCCGCUUCUUGAUUGUCCAAUUUUGGUGAUUCAUGGAACCGAAGAUAAAGUUGUGAAUUGUUCCCAUGGAAAGCAGUUAUGGGAGCUUUGCAAAGACAAGUACGAACCCUUAUGGCUCAAAGGAGGAAGCCAUUGUGACUUAGAACUUUACCCACAAUACCUAAAUCACCUUCGUAAGUUCAUAUCCGCCAUACAAACACUACGUCCAACCAAAAAAGUUCACGAACAUGAUCAUAAACCACCACCGACCACCAAUCAAAAGGACAAAUCUCGAGCUACCCAUAAGUCGAGAAACAGCGUGGAUCGGUUGCUGAAGGCAAAGAACAACGUAGAUCCAUCGGAAAGACCACGAAAUAGCUUUGACCGCUUGGGAGAUAUAGUGCGGUCUGUUGGGUUGUGCAACGUCGACUGUUUGAAGCACGAGGUGGCCGAAGCUUGAUAUUGAAAAAUGUAAAUGACUAUCUCCGUUGGAUUUAAUGGUUUAACGGUUCUUAUCGAAUUA